AUGUCGACGACUUCCCGAGACUCGAAAGGCAGAGGUCAGCAAGAAGCUAGUCCACGAGCUUCAAAACGUGCAAGGACCGAUACCGAGACUUCAGACAAGGGGCCCAAUGGACGUAAUCGACAUCGAAUUACACGAGCAUGCAACGAGUGUAGGAGAAGGAAAGAUAGAUGCGGUGGCCAAAGGCCAUCGUGCAAGUCUUGCAUCGAUAACAACCGGACAUGCAGCUAUGGACCCUCAAAGAAGCGAGGACUACGGCCGGGUUAUGUGAGAGGCAUCGAAACAUUACUGGGACUCAUCUUUAAGUCCAUCCAGGGGAGCGAAGAUUGGAUAUGUGGGCUUCUGGAGGGUGUUGUUCAACAAUCAUCCUUCUGUCCCGCAUCUGGUCUCCACGAUGCAAAUAUCUCUGUCGAUUUUCUACUCGAAACAUGGCAUAAAUCCUCGGUAUCGAAGAAAAUGGGAAGUCUUCUGUCUGCAGAGGGUGAGUUUGAUGAAGAAGGUGCCGACUCAAGUCAGAUUUUCGACACAAAGGUGGUCGAGGGUCUUACACUUUUGGUAUCGACAAAGAAUGGCACAGGGGCUCCAAUGACGCCAAGAGAUACGAUUACAACACAAUCAGGCCUACCAACCUUUGAUUACUCUCCCUUACCUACUACAUCAACUUCACCCCCUCAUCAAAUCGAAAAGACAACGCUUCAUGACACCAUCACCCGCCAACCAGAACCCGCAUCACGAUGCCUGGAUUCCCUGCCAUCAGCUGUCCCUGACCUUCCGAAGAACUGGUCAUAUCUCUUAGACCUUUAUUUCGAGACGACGCAUUGCUGGUUCCCUAUAUCGCAAAAGCACGAACUUCUGCGCGCUGCUUACACGUUAUCUCACGAACCAUCGACAGCAUCUACUAGUUCACUAUCAUCUGGAGAAAUAGCCUUCCUUCAUGCUGUCCUUGCAUACGCCUCACAUCAGUCGACAACCUUAUCACAAACUCGUAGCGGAAAGUCGACUGAUUUAAAGUACCCCAACUUGCCACGAAAUCUACUCGAGACAAGUUUAUUCGCGAAGCCAACUGCCUUUGAUCUCGGACAUGUUCGAGCUCUGCUUAUCAUAUGCCUCUUUGAAAUGGAUCAGAACCGUUGGUCUGUAGCAUGGACUACAAUCGGGCGAGCCAUAUACACAGCAAUAUCCCUUGGCCUAUUCUCCCAGGGCACCGCCGUUGAUCCGUCAAGCCGGGAUGGUGUAAAACGGACAACUAUGGGCUGCGCACUACUAGAAACCAUGGUCGCAGCACGUCUAGAUACGCUACCAUACCUCACACCCUCCAAUAUAUUCCUUCAAGGCGGCUUGUUGGCUGAUGGGAAUGAGGAAUGGGAACCAUGGAACCUGAAGAUCCUCGCUGAACCAGAAUCUCAGCAAGACGAACAGAACACAAACUUGCAUGUUCCGGGGCAUGUGAUAAGUACGUUCAACCGAUCACUCCAGGUCGUUCUAUUUUUGAACAAUUUGAUACACCACAAAAAGAAUCUUGCCACGGUCGGGAGCUUUAGCAAGCUCAUGGACUUAUGCAAGGAGAACUUGAGCGCUAUGGAUAGCCUGAGAUCCACCAGCAUGUCACCUCAGGCUCUUGGUCUUUGCAUAGCUUCAGCAACCAUCUUUGAAAUGGUAGCAACUGAGGCUUCGGUCUCCCACCGUCCUAUCCUCGAACGCCCAAGAGGCUACUGGGAGAAUGUUUCAAUGUUGGCCAGCCUCACAGAGAAACGCGUCCGGAUCAUAGGUCGCUGUGCUAUCUCACCUGUUAUCAAAGCUUGUAUAGAAUUAGCUGCGCGGUCUUUUCGUCAGCAGGAAGCGCAUUAUGCUCCUAGUAAUUUCGGCGAUGAUUCUAAUUGCGCCAAAGAAGCUGUUGCGAGAUGUUUGCAUAUCUUGCAAGAGCCGCUGGGCGGAAUGUCCCAAGAUGAUGUCUUGAACGAUUCACUGCUUAUAUCUGCUGGUGAAGAGAGUCAUUCACUAAUUCCAAUACACGGGAAGAGACCAGUGCCAUCCCAGUUCGAACUACCACCAACUCCAUCAACACUACUGUCGAGCAAGGUGGACACAUCAGUGCCGGACAAUGCAGUACCUUCACAACCACCAAGCGGAAUGUCAUUCCCAAUAGACCCAACCUUGGGGUCAAACAUUGAAGAUGACGGUCUUUUCGACAGUCUCGCUACGUUGGACUCGACGGAUUGGCUGGCAAACCCACCAGAGUUCAUGCAGCACCUGGGAAUGCUUGAUGAUGCCCCUAGUAAUCUUGAGCAUCUGUUUGACAUGGGUUUCUAG